GCAUCAUCUCUGCAUAUAAAUAGAAGCGAUUGUCAAAAUUAAAACAUUAUCUUUUUUUUUCAACUUUGUAAUUUUGCUCUGAUUUUUUAACUUUUCAUAUACACUCAUGUCCGUAACCGAUUUGAUUAACCCAUCCAGCCAUAUUGGAAAUGCUGUGAAUAUUUUGCUGACUCUUUUGGAGAAGAUGUCUGAUGAGAAUAUCUGGAAAAGUUUCCUUGGUGAACGUCUUGUCAAUCUCGGUCAAAAGUACUUUGGAAAUGACUUUGUUGCUCUCUCCUUGGCCAUUUAUAUUGCUCCAAUCUUAAAAACACACUGGCACAAUUUAAUUGAGAUGAUAUUUAAAAAAGUGACAAACUCAAACACUGUCUCCGUACGGAUUUUCUCUUCAAAUUCACUGUAUAAUAACAUUAGUCGAUAUGUCUUUGAGCAUGGCCCAUCACGAGGAAAAUUAACAUCCGGUGUAGCUGAAUAUAAGGGAUCUAGUUGUGGAAAUUACACCAGUACAGAUUUCUAUGAAGAGGAUGAGGAUUGGAUCUCAGAAGGAAGUACCUUGCAGAGUGAAUCUGAGGAUUUAAAAGUACAAUUGCUUCCUCCCCCAACCUUUAAUGAAGAACUGGUUUAUAGAGGACAUAAGAUCACAGUUUCAUUUGUGGCAUAUACAGAAGAUUUGGGUGAACAUAUCGAUAUUAGCAUGCAAAGUCCAAAUACUAAAUUAUUGCACUUGUUUAUCCAAGAAUGGUCAAACCAAUACAAUAUUACCACAGUUACGAGAUAUGUCUACCGUGCCAGCGGUUUCUCUUGGAACUAUGAAAGAGAAUUACCACACAGAUCUUUGGAUAGUGUGCAUUUACGUGACGGUCAAAAAGAGAAAUUGGUUCAAGAUAUGAAAACAUUUAGAAGCAGAGCUGACUGGUACAAGAAAAGAGGUAUUCCUCACCGUCGUGGUUAUCUCUUGUAUGGUCCCCCAGGUACCGGUAAAUCUUCGAUUAUUCAAGCUGUUGCCAACUCGUUGGACUUGAAUGUUGCAUUUGCUAGCUUGUCUGCUAUUGGUGGUAAUGAUACUCUUGCCUCUCUUAUGUCGGAUUUGCCUCACAAUUCUAUUAUUGUAAUGGAAGACAUUGAUCACUUGUUUGAGUCUGUUACCAGCACAACAAAGGCGGCUACAUCUACCUUAACAAUGUCUGGUCUUUUGAAUGUUUUAGAUGGUAUUCAAGGUCAAGAAGGAGCCAUGAUUUUCAUGACUUGUAAUAAUAUUGACAAAAUCCAGCCUGCUUUGCUUAGACCCGGUAGAAUCGAUCUUAAGCUUAAAUUAGAUUAUGCAGCCCCCGAACAAAUUCGUGACACCUUCUGGAGAUUUAUGGAUUUGGAUGAUGAGACAUCUGAACCCUUGGAAGGCGAGGAAAGAAAAACAGUGGAGAAGCUUGCUUUAGAAUUCGAAAAGACUAUUCCUGACUACCAUGUCACAACAGCCGAAAUUCAGAGUUACUUUAUCGAUAUGUUGCUGGAAUCUAAGGCAAACGAUUGGAAGAAGGAGAUGCUGUAUGAGCAAAUGUUCAAGAGAGUGCCUGAAUUCUUAGAAAGAGUAGAGUUAGAUAGAAAGCAAUCAAAGAACCAUUCUGGUGUUUCUGAUGAAAAGGAGGAAAAGAAGGAAGAUGAAAAAGAAGAAAAGAAGGAGGAUGAAAAAGAGGAAAAGAAGGAAGACGAGAAAGAAAACAGCGAUGAAGUUGAAGAAAAUGCUGAUGAAGAAAAAAAAGAAACCCCCGAAGAAGAGAAAAAAGUUGAUGUCCAAGAGGUAGAACAAGAUGCCAAAGAAGCAAAAUAAUUCAAUAUACCCAUGCUUACUUUAAUAAAAUAUAAGAAAGUUAAAAAUUGUAUUAUAAAAUUAAACUCAAACUUUUUUCCCCAUCAA